CGCCAGGCAAGUGCUAAGUGACUUGGUGAAAAAUGAAAUUCAUAUUGCUGCUGUUGCUAGGAGCAAGCCUAGUGCUAAGCCAGGACAUAGAGCCUCAGAUACCAGAGGAUUUAGCCGCAACAACAACAGUGGAGACAGCAGAGUCAGCAACACAAGCUACAGAGCCCAGUAUACCCACAACGCCCGAAGCGCCAACAACACUUCUGGAUACAACAACAACAGCAGCAUCAACGCCUGGACCAGAAUACUUACCACCAACGCCGCCCACACCUGGGCCAGUUUACUUGCCACCCACGCUGCCAACACCGCCGCCGCCGCCAGCAACUGGCUAUGAACCACCAGCAGAUCCGCUGCCCACACGCCCACAUCCUCCCGCCUAUCAGCCACCGCAAUAUCCGCAUGUAAAGCCGCCCUAUUACUAUCCCAAGCCCACACACGCCCAGCCGCCCUAUUACUAUCCCAGACCCAUGCAGCAUCCUUUGCCCACACAACGUCCUUGCAUCUGGCAUACCAAAGUCUGUUAUCUGCGCGAGCAAUUGGAUUACCACAGCAACUAUGGCGUAUUCGACAUCAGCAGCUGGUUGCCGACUUAUAAUUGUUAUAGCUGCUGCUAUUACGGCUACAACAGCUUUGCGGGCUGCAACAAGCUGCACAAUGGACGCUGCAACUUAUAUAAUGCCAAGUAAAAGCAAUUAAAAUAGUUUACUAAUAUAAACAUAUAGCGAGGUUAAGUUAUAGUUAACAACAAUAUUAAAGGCAAUUCAAAU